CACGUGACUUUUGACGGGUUGGUGCAAGUCGAUCCAUCUCUGCUCUCGCACAGCGAUACUCCGUUACUGUUGGAGCUGUUGCUGCUUUUUUUCGACUGGAUUAUCGGAACAGCGCAAAAAAUACCAUGGAUAGCAGAGGCUACGGAUCGGGUUAUUCCAAUUGGGGGGGCGGAGGAUCAGGCAGCAGAGGUUCUGGUGGCUUUGACCUUUAUGGGGGAGGUUAUAAGGACUCAAUGUCUGGUCUCGGGGGCUAUGGAGGAGGAGGAGGAGGAGGCGGCGGUGGCGGCGGCGGCCACAUGAAGAGAGGUCUCUCGGGAGCAUCCCUGCUCUCAUCCACAGGGACACAUGCAGAUGCAGUCAUUGCCAAGAUUAACCAACGCCUGGACAUGCUCACUCAGUUAGAGGGUGGUCUAAAAGGGUCUCGGGGUGACAGGUAUGACCAGUACGAGUCAUUCGACUCGCGCACCUCCGCUCUGACCUCCUCCCGAGAUCUCUACAGAUCUGGCGGCAGUAGCUAUGGUUAUGGUGAUGGCCGUGGGGACAACAUGCUGUUGGGUCAACGAGGCGGCUCUGGCUUCGGAGGGGGAAUUGGUCUAGGGGGAGGAGGAGGCUUUGACAGCCCCUCCUCUUCCUAUGGAGUCGCUAAAAUGCGACAGAAUAUCAGAGAGUCCUUCAGCAGUGGCCAGGGAGGAGGUUCUGGAGGUGGAGGAUGGGCUGGAGCGGGCCGACGUUCCCCCAGAAGGGGUGGAAGUGCCGGGGGUCGAGGAGCUGGAGGAGGGUUUGGAAGCCGCAGGUCUGACCCCACUCCAUUAGGCGGAGGUGGACGGGGAAGUGGUAGUGGUGGCCAGUCCCACCGCGGCCACUCUCCAGGAGGUGGUAGAGGCAAGCUCCCAUCCCUCCUGUCCAACCGCAUGUACCCUGAGAGUGGGGGCUUCCAUCAGGGUUCCAUUCAAGGGCCUCACGACUUUCCUGGGAGGCAUUUUGGAGGGGGCCCACGGGCUGGCCGCCAGCGAGGCCGCAAGAGACCCCUCAACAAACAGGUGAAACCACAGCGUGAUGUUCAGAAGAAGAGAAAGCAGACAGUUACUGCAGCUGAUGAGCCAGAGUCCAAGAUGAACAAGACCGAGAAUGCAGAGUCAGAAGCUACUCAAGAGCAACCAGAGAAAAAUGGUGACGAAAAUCAAUCAAAGACUGCACCAGCGGAGACAAAACCUGCUGCAGAAGGCGAUAAAGCUUCACCCAAACAGGAGGAGAAGAAAAGUCCCCAAGGCAAACAGACCCCAGCCCAAGGUCAGGACAAGCACCCAAAAAUGAGGAAGAGGAGGGGCUUCCUGGAAAGGGUCAUGUUUGCAUGUUCUGUGUGCAAGUUCCGUUCGUUUUACAAGGAAGAGAUGGAAGCUCAUCUUGAGAGUCGCUUCCACAAGGACCACUUUAAGUUCCUUUCAGGCCAGCUGUCUAAGCCCACUACAGACUUCCUACAGGAGUAUUUGCAGAACAAGUUCAAGAAGACCGAGCAGAGGGUUGCCCAGUUGGAAAACCACAGUGCUGCCAUCUGCCAGAUGUACAAAGAGCAGGACCUCACCAGGGAUCUCGGUAUGGAGCACUUCAUGAAGAAGGUGGAGGCCGCCCACUGUGCAGCAUGUGACCUUUUCAUUCCCAUGCAGCCUCACCUGAUACAGAAACACAUCAAGUCUCCUGACCACAACUACAACCGGAAGGGCAUGAUGGAGCAGUCAAAGAGGGCCAGUCUGUCAGUUGCUCGAAGCAUCCUUAACCACAAACUCAUUGGCAAGAAGCUGGAGAGCUAUCUCAAGGGUGAAAACCCUUUCUCCGGUAACCAAGACGACCAGGAUCCAGAGGACUCCAUGGUGAUGGAUGUGUCAGAGCUAGAGUUGACCGGUGAGGCGGCAGACAGCCAGACGGACGCAGCACCCGUCAAGGAGGAGACGGUGGCUGAAGAAGAGACGGCCCAAGAAGCAGUGGAGGGUGAAACUGCACCACCAGCAGCAGCAGCAGCAGCAGCAGAGGAAGAUGAAAAGAUGGAGGAGGGGCUACUAAUGGAGGGAGGGGAGGAGGAAGAGCAGGGAAACCAGGAAGAGGAAGAAGAAGAAGAAGAAGGUUUUGAAGUUGGGGAGGAGGAGGAGGAAGAGGAGGAGGGAUAUGUGGUGCGCGAUGAGAUUGGCGAAGAAGUAUUACACAAUGAGCUGGAGGAGGAAGGAGUAGAAGCAGCUGAGGUCGAGGAGGAAGACAAGAAUGAUGAAUGACUUUUGCACCCUGUCUGUGACUUCUCAUCCUCAACAUCCGUCUGGACCAGUCAGUCACUCCCACAGUCCCAUUAAACCCAGUUUCAUUGUCAGGCACAUUAAGAAAUGUACAUACCUGCUCCCAUCGUCUUCAUUGUCUAACGACUGAGUUUAUAUAGUUUAAUUUUGGUUGAAGGAAUAGUUCUACAAUUUGGGAAAUACUUUUAUUCACAUUUUUUUCUAAAAGUUAGAUGAGGAAAUUGUCAGGAAAAAAAAAUUACACUGAGUUAAGGUUGUCAAAAGUAAUUUUUUCUUGAUGCCACAUAGUUGAAUCGGUACGCCUACACAAGCUACUAAUAUCCAGGACAGAUCCAGGCUAGUGGCUUCCCCACUGUCUUAAUGUCAGGCUCAUCACCUUCCUGCUCCUCCAGUCUCAAUGUAGACAUGAGCUGUAUCCAUCUUCUCAUUUAAAAGUCUGCAAGACAGCAAAUAAUUGUAUUUCCCCAAAAAAUGAAAUUGUUCCUCUUGAUGCUUUUUUGUUGUGCCUUUGUUCAGAAUAUUCUUGAUUUAGAUUCAGUUGUUCAGAAUUGUUUAAGAAAUCUUGAGUGUCGUGACGUUGAGCGAUAUUGUGUACUUAUCAGAGUGAAAUAAUGCCAUAGUAUUCUGCUCGUUGUGUUGACGGCCAAGGGAUGAUCUUCCAACCUUUUGGUAAAAUCUAGAAGAUCAUGGGCUUUUUUUUUAUUAAACACCUGCAGUGACUGAGGCAAUUGAGGGGACUGUCUGUAGAAAACUGAAGUAUGAAAUAUUCAAAAUUCAUAUUCAUGUAACAGUCUUGUUUGACUCUGAGUAAGAAAUAAAUUUGUUGAAUAAA